AUGUGGAAUAUGAUGUGCGACGUGAUGCCCACUAUAUCCGAGGACAGUAUUAGUCAAAGGGGUUCGCAGUUCACAGGCGAGGACGCGAACUUCGAACAGCUUAUGGUUUCUAUGUUGGACGAGCGAGAUAAGUUAGUUGAGAGUCUGCGUGAGACCCAGGAGCGCCUCUCCGACACCGAGCUACGGCUCAAGGAGGUGGAGAAGGAGCGAGACUCGCUGCAGCGGCAGAUAGCUGCCAACUUACCUCAGGAAUUCGCGACCCUCACGAAGGAGCUCAACCAGGCCCGGGAACAACUCCUGGAACGGGAGGAGGAAAUCUCGGAACUCAAGGCGGAAAGAAACAAUACCAGAUUGUUACUGGAGCACCUAGAAUGUCUGGUGUCGAGGCACGAGCGCUCUCUGCGCAUGACGGUGGUGAAGCGCCAGGCGGCCGCUCAGUCCGGGGUCUCCUCGGAGGUGGAGGUCCUAAAGGCCCUCAAGAGUCUCUUCGAACACCACAAGGCCUUAGACGAGAAGGUUCGAGAAAGAUUAAGAGUUGCGUUAGAGAGGAAUACAGCUCUGGAAGAGGAAUUGGCGCUGACCAAAGAAGAGUUGCAGCAAUAUAAAUCAUCUGGUGCCCAGGAAGGCGACAAGCCCAAAGAAAAUGGCACCACCACCACCGGCUCGCCCGAACAGAACGGGGAACCCCCCAAGGAACAAAGUAGUGUUAACGGCGAAACGGACGUCAAGAAGGUCACUGAACUUCAAAACACUAUCGCCAAGCAGUCGGCGGAAUUGAGUUCGUGGCAGAGACGGGUCGCCGAACUGAACAAUAAGGUCACGGAAUUAGAAGAGAGAUUGAGUAAAGGAGAGAAGGAACUGGUCAAGAAACAGGAAGAGUGUGCGAAACUACAGAGAGAUUUAAGAGAGAAUGUGGCUCAGAAGGAAGAUCAGGAGGAGCGCAUAGCCACAUUAGAGAAACGAUAUCUGAAUGCUCAAAGAGAGUCCACUUCCUUACACGACCUGAAUGAAAAGCUGGAACAAGAGUUACAGCACAAGCAGGCGCAGCUUAAGCUUCAAGAAGAGAAGAUAGCUGCCAUAGAGGAGAAGUUGGAACUUUCCACGCAGAAGCUGGCCCAGAUGUCCUCACUGCCAGAAAUGGAGGAACAGCUCAAGGCGAGGAUGGAGGCGCUCAGCCAGGCUCAAGAGAGGCACGGCUCGGCGGAGGACCGCAUUCAGAGGCUUGAGGCUAGUGUGGAGGAAAAGAACGCUGAACUGAUGAGACUCAACCAACGACUGAGGAUGAACGAAGAACACAACACGAGGCUCUCCGCCACCGUCGACAAGCUACUGUCUGAAUCUAACGAUAGGUUACAAGUCCACUUGAAAGAGCGUAUGCACGCCUUGGAUGAAAAGAACGCGCUCACUCAGGAGCUUGAGAAGACUAGGAAGUACGCUGAUGAACUGUUACAGGAAAAGGCAGACAUACUCAAGGAACUGGCUAAGUGGAGAAUGGAAACCGAACAGUUGAAGCGCCAGAUGUUGCAAGCAGAGAUAGCCUUCAACAUCCAGCAGACAGAUGCCUUGACGAGAUCACUGUCACCAGCGGCCGCCCAGCCUCCCACAAACAUGUAUGGAGCUAAGCUGGACGGGUCGUGGGAGAAGCUGCAACAGGCUCACGUACUGGGGCCACCAUUCGACACUAGUGAUGCUGAGAACGAGGAGUCUGAAGGUGCUGAAGGACACACGGAUGCGGCGGCGCUGGCGCUGAUGCUGCAGGAACAACUGGACGCGAUCAACACGGAGAUAAGACUCAUACAGGAGGAGAAACAGAGCACCGAGGCGCGCGCCGAGGAGCUGGAGUCACGGGUCGGUAGCUACGAACACAUGAACGUGGUGUCCCGACGCGCGGAGUCACCGCCGCCGGCCGCCUCGCCCUCCAGACCCAACCAUCACAAGUAUCACACUGCGCCGGCGUCAAUGUCUCCGGCUCACGCUCACUACCGCCCGCCUGCCUCCGAGAGUCUGCCUACCAGCCAGUUGCAGCUCUGCGGGGAGGGAGAUGAGCGCGCGGGACGCCUGGAGCGAGCCAUGCACCCCGACAGAGAGAGACUCCGCCCUCCACACCACUACGACUCGAGUUCCAUGAUGUCGGGAAGCCUCGCGCGGAUCCCUAUACACAGCUCGAGCCAAGAAUCUUUAGGUGCGGGUGCGUGGGGAGGUUCUCCUCUGCCGCGAGGAGUGGCCUCAGCAUCAGCCGUGUCUAUAGCAUCGAUGCACCAACAGAAGAAGAGAGGCAUCAAGAGCUCGCUGGGACGGUUCUUUAGUAAGAAGGAGAAAGCUGGCAUGCCGAUGCAGCAAGGUCAGAGUCCUCGUUCGUUGUCGUCGGCCUCGUCUUUAGGUCUGUCGUCGCUGGCUGAUGAAGGGGAACCCUCGCACGCUCCCACACACCAGCAUCCGGACUACGCCAGAACUAAAACUAAGGAGCGCGACUACCGUCACGAGCUGCUCGGCGAGGCUAUGCGAGCGGGGACUCCCUUCGCGCUAUGGAACGGUCCCACAGUAGUCGCGUGGCUGGAGCUAUGGGUUGGCAUGCCUGCCUGGUACGUGGCCGCCUGCCGCGCAAACGUCAAAUCCGGUGCUAUCAUGUCCGCGCUGUCCGAUCAGGAGAUACAACGGGAAAUCGGCAUCAGCAAUCCUCUGCAUCGGCUCAAACUGCGCCUAGCCAUACAGGAGAUGGUGUCAUUGACCUCGCCCUCAGCGCCGCGCGGCACCGCCUGCGCAGCGCUGGCCUUCGGGGACAUGAACCAUGAAUGGAUCGGCAAUUCCUGGCUGCCGUCGCUGGGCCUGCCACAGUACCGGACCACGUUCAUGGAGUGCCUGGUGGACGCGCGCAUGCUGGAGCACCUCACCAAGAGGGACUUGCGCACGCAGCUCAAGAUGGUCGACAGCUUCCACAGAACUUCGCUUCACUUCGGCGUGGCGUGUCUGAAGCGUGUCGGGUACUCCGUGAGGGCGCUGGAGGAGCGUCGCCGGGCCGCGGAGAUAGGGCUUCGGGACGUGCUGGUGUGGACCAACGAGCGGCUGCAGAGGUGGCUGAUGUCCAUCAACUUGAAGGAGUACGCAAACAAUCUGUCGGAGUCGGGAGUGCACGGCGCGCUGAUAGCGCUCGACGACAACUUCGACGCGAACAGUAUGGCGCUGGCGUUACAGAUACCGACACAGAACACGCAGGCGCGCCAGAUCCUCGAGAUGGAGUUCAACAACCUGCUGAGUACGGGCACGGAGCGCACGCGCGCGCCUCACGACCACGCGCCGGCCUCCUGA